AUGUGCAUUGCAUUGUUUUGUGUUCUUUCAUGUAAUGAUUUAACGGGUCUUGAUCUUCAACUCGAUGUGUUCUUGGAUGCUAUGUUAAACGAUGAAAGAUUUCAUGAUUUGAAAGAUAUCAAUUCUCUUUCCAUGAUGCUUGUUGAAACAAAGAGACAUGAGACAUUUCCUCUUAUACAUUUGCUAAUCAAGUUGAUGUUGAUUCUUCCUGUUGCUACGGCAAGUGUAGAAAGAGUGUUUUCCGCAAUGACAUAUGUCAAAAGUAAGUUGAGAAAUAGCAUGGGUGAUCAAUUUAUGAAUGAUUGUUUGGUUACUUUUAUUGAGAAGGAAGUGUUUUUACAAGUUUCCGAUGAAAUGAUUAUUGAUCGUUUUAAAAGUAUGAAGACUCGAAGGAUGAAUUUGUAA